CCACGCUUCGAGAAGAUCCUUGUACAAGCUUUAGAAAGAAGCUCAUUGUCAGGUGUUUUGUUCAGUUAUUAAAAUGGCUAGUGUGGAUGCUAAACGGCUCAAGCUGGACAUGGAAGAGAGAAGCACUCUUCUGCCAAGUCUUCGUAAUGCAGGAUGGUCAGAAGUCGAAGGAAGAGACGCCAUUUACAAAGAAUUCUUAUUCAAGGAUUUCAACGAGGCGUUUGGCUUCAUGGCGCGAGUGGCGCUCAAAGCAGAAAAGAUGGAUCACCAUCCCGAAUGGUUUAACGUCUAUAACAAGGUUCAAGUCACGCUAAGCACACACGAAUGCAGUGGAUUGUCUCCUAGAGAUAUUAAACUUGCUACUUUUAUGGAAGAAGUCGUCAAGUCUCAGAAAGAUUGAAGCUUGCAUAUUAAAGACACAGACUGGCCCUCUUUUAACCCUGGGCAUAAAAGAACCUUUACUAAAAAAGAGASGUUAGUUUAUCUAGCUGUUCGAGGUCGUGCAUUCCUAGGUAAAUCUCAAGUUUUCUAAAGUAAACGUCAAGAAAGAUAGACAAAAMGAAAACCUUUUUUAAGUUUAAAUAUGGUGAAUGGAAAAGUUAAAAGUUAUCAAAAAAUUUAAAUUAAAGUAGCAAUAAAAAUUGAU